UGCAGGACAGGAGGGUGGGGUGGAUACAGACGAAGGGAUGGCAACAUGUUCUAAAGUGGUUAUGCACACACCAGCUCUCUGUGGACCUAAAUGGUUGUAUCUGUCUUAAUGAUAGACCUCUAACUGACUUUUCUAAAACUGCCAACAUUAUGAUUGAAGAAAAUGAGAGUUUGUGUUUGAACAGGUCACUGGUGGAGGUGGACUGCUUCAGUAAUAUGGAAGACAUCGACGUGACAGCCGACGGAAGCCUGAUCCUGAGGUUCCUCAUCUGCCUGGUUUACUCCGUGGUCUGCGCUGCAGGUCUGAUGGGCAACCUGCUGGUCAUCUUCUUCAUCAGGGUCAAACAAGAGAGGAAGAAGUCCACCGUGAACUUCUUUGUGCUCAACUUGGCAGUGACGGACCUGCAGUUCGUGCUCACUCUGCCCUUCUGGGCCGUGGACACCGUGCUGGACUUCAGCUGGCCGUUUGGAGACGCCAUGUGCAAAAUCAUCCUCUCAGUCACCGUGAUGAACAUGUAUGCCAGCGUGUUUUUCCUCACUGCCAUGAGUGUGACCAGAUACUGGUCUGUCGCCUCGGCUCUGAAGAACAGCACCACGCGCAAGUCCUGUUCAUCCAAAUGGACCUGCGCAAUUAUUUGGACACUGGCAACUGUGGCUACUGCUCCUACGUCUAUUUUCUCAACUCUCAGCAACGUCACGGGAGAAAAACUAUGUUUGUUGAGGUUUCCAGGUGGACAGUACUGGCUAGCUGUGUACCACAUACAGAAAAUACUUGUGGGUUUUGUUUUGCCCAUGUCCAUCGUGUCCAUCAGCUACAUGAUGCUCCUGCGUUUCAUCCGCAACCGGAGUAUGAAAACAAGCAACCCCAAACGGAGAUCCCAAGUCACUAAGUCCAUCACCAUCGUCGUCUUGUCUUUCUUCUUGUGCUGGAUGCCGAAUCAUGCCAUCACCCUGUGGAGUGUGCUGGUCAAACUGAACGCUGCAAACUGGGACAGAGCGUACUACAUAGUGCACACAUAUGUGUUCCCUCUGACCGUGUGUCUAGCUCACACAAACAGCUGCCUCAACCCGGUUAUUUACUGCCUCAUGAGGAAGGAGUUUAGGAACAAACUGAGAAGUUUGAUACACAGAAGUUGAUGCUCGAGCACUGAAAAUGAUUCAAUGUGUUGGAAACAGUACCCAAGACGCAUCGAGUGCGCACGGUUAAAAAGGCUUGGAGUGAGAGAGGAGACAUGUCAGAAAGCACAAUGAGAAACCCACAGCAGCGUCAUUUCAAUAUCAGUUCCAUUCUGCUUAAUGAAAAUAUAACUUUCAUCAGCGCUUCUUGUCCUUAUAGCCUUGCAUAAUGUGGCUCGUGUAUAUGGAGAAACCGCUGUAUCUGAUUUACGCAUAAUUAAUGUGUGAAAAUAUACACUGAUGUCCACUUCAGCAUUUGUAUGUAAGAUAACUAUUAGGAGUGUUGUGUUGGUAGUGAGUAUGUGCAUAAUUGCGCAUAAUUAGUAUUAUAUAAGUAUAUUGUGCUAGCGUCAUAACUGAUCAAACAA